AUUGCAGGCUCCGGGCCACACCUGGGCGGGAGUCCGAAGAGGAAGCCACGCACUACAUUUCCCAGCAUGCCUGGGACCUCAAGGUGCGCCGGGCGGGCGGGGCUUCGCUUCGCACAGCCGGAGAUCCUUUUUCUCCCUGCUUCUUCUUUGCACCCUCCUGCGAGGGAGGCCUCGGGCAUGGAUUCUCCCCCACUUGGGGACCCCCAGCCGCCGAAACCAGCUCCGGCCAAGCCGCUCACGGACCUGGAUUUCCGCUCUGGGGCACGGAUCGAGGAGCUGAACCAACUGAUCCAGGAGUACGAGGCCCGGAGCGCAGGCAUCCGGAACGCCCCGGCGGAAGAAUGGCACCGGGCGAAAAAUCUGGUUUUCUCCUUGCUGGGUCAGGUUCAGAAAUCCUACGGGAGGCUCCCGACGGUCAACCGGUACCUCCUCCUGUCCGGUGGGGUCCAGCAAGGCACCGUCCAGGUGGAUCCGGGCAGCCUGCAGCCCCUUUCUCCCGGCAGCGACUAUGACACGGACUUCACCCUCCUGGUGCCUGUUCUGGAUGCGGCCGGGGUCCCCGUCACCUUGGACAUGAAGCGGAGCCCCCCCGGGCACGCCCAGGUCAGCCUCCACCCCUUCGGCGCCCCGGCCCUCUCCCGCUGGUCGGACUGCUGUUGCCCGGGGGACGAGGCUUACCUCUCCGCCGAGCGGGUGUCCGACUGGUUUUUCGCCUCCUUCGCCUCCUGUGCCAAAGACGCGAGGGUCGAGCAGCGGGGCGGCGUCACCUCGGCGGUCCUCGCGGUCGGGCCCUACCGGAUCCUCUACGACCUCGUCCCGGUGGUGGCCUUGAAAGGCUGGCCGGCGGUGGCUCGGCCGUGGCUGACCCAGGCUCACUUCUGGGACGGCAAGCUGACGGACGAGGAGGCGGCCGGAGGCUUCUACCUCUCCCCUUCCGCCUCCGGGCCUCACUGGCGCCUGGCGUUUUCGGCGAGCGAGCUUCACCUGAGGAAGAUAGAAGAGCAGGCGGCCGAAGAAGGAGAAGAGGACGGGUUCCCUCUUGGCGGCCCUGACUGUUUGCAAUAA